AUGCCGGCGGGGACCUCCCUCCGCGGGAGCCCCAGCUGCAGACGCACAGCUGUGGGCCCCGGCGCCCUCCUGCUCUCGAGGUCAGGGCCGCCUACAGAACGCGGUGGAAGGAAGUCUGGGCUUAAGGCCUCAGCAAUGUCUGCAGCCUCGAAGAGCGUGCCCGGAGAAUUCGUGGAUUUAGGACACAAGCUGGCGGAUGCAGCGGCUGUUGUAACAGCCCAACACUUCAGGUCCCGCCUUGUGGUGGAACACAAAGGCGAUGAAAGUCCCGUCACACAAGCUGAUCGCCAGGCAGAAUUGGCGAUGUGUUCAUUGAUCGAGCAGGCAUUGCCAAACCAUGGCGUGUACGGUGAAGAAGGUGGAAUGCAGCAUGGAUCUGGUGAAGGUUCAGAAUACCUGUGGAUCCUUGAUCCAAUUGAUGGGACAAAAAGUUUCAUAACAGGCAAGCCCUUGUUUGGGACACUCAUCGCUCUUGUCCACAAAGGCAUUCCCAUCCUGGGCAUCAUCGACCAACCAGUGCUGAAGGAGCGUUGGGUCGGAAUUCAGGGAGCUCAAACCACAUUGAAUGGCAAAUGUGUGGCCACGCGCCAGUGUCCAUCUUUGUCAGAGGCCUACCUGUAUGCAACAACUCCGGACAUGUUCCGUGGCGAUGCCAAGGCAGCUUUCAAGCGCCUGCGCGGUCAAGUGCGGCCUCCAUUGUUUGGCUGCGAUUGCUAUGCAUAUGGACUGCUGGCAUCUGGUUUCUGCGAUUUGGUUGUGGAGGCGGACAUGAUGCCAUAUGACUACAUGGCGCUGGUGCCCGUGGUAGAGGGGGCAGGCGGGGUGAUGACGGAUUGGCAAGGGCGACUUUUGCGAUGGAGAGGUGCUGGUGGCUUGCAGGAGGCGCUGGAGGCGUCCACGGGGGAGGUCAUUGCAGCAGGGGACGCCAAACUUCACGAACGGGCAUUGGCCAUGCUUCGAAGCACAUCCUGA